AUGAGCAACUUCGCUCAGUGUAGCUGGCCAAUAUGGCAGAUCGAUGAUCUUACGCCGUGUUUCCAGCAGGACUACCUCAAGAUCCUCUUCCCUCUAAUCGUCGUAGGACUAUCGCUCCUCCAUCUCUCUAUACAGACCGUACAAAGCAUUUCCAAGAACCGCAAGCAUGGCUACAAGCAAGUUCCCGAAGAACAUCACCAUUCGCAUACCGAUAUCCCUCCCGAAGAGACCGCCGAUGACGAGGACGACGAUGACGAGGCGCUGACCAUGAACGGCGGUGGCCGCUUGGCCCUGGUCAAAACCACCACCAAGGGCUCCAUUGUCCAGGCCGACAGCCCUCAGGGCCAGAACCUGUCCAUCGUCGUCGAGGAGCUGGCAAUCGCUGGUCUCAUUGCUAUUCAUAUCAUUGGUCUGGUCACGGGCAGUGUUUCCGGCGGACACGCUCUCAUCGUUACUGUCGUCGGUCUCGUUCUCUGGGUAUACGUCGCUAUCCUCGUCACUCUGCGCCUGGUUUUUGGAAACACAAAGUGGCGGGUGCCGCGCAUCUGGAACCAUACGGCCUUCAUCUACCUGUUCCAGUGGCUUUUCACCGUUGCCAUCUUCCGCUCUGUAUUCGUUCAUCCCCCUGGCCAGCUCGUCCAGAUUCUCGUCAUCACCGAAUUUGCGUUGACGACCCUGCUGUUCGGCCUCGCCGUGACUACGAGGAAGGGCAACAAGACAGUGCUUCUGGAGUGGGAAGAUGGAAUUGAGCCGUCUCGUGAGCCUCUGGCUUCUCUCUUUUCCUUGGCCACCUUCUCCUGGUUUGACCCCCUGAUCCUGCGCGGCUACAAGGAAACUCUGGAGAUGAAGAGUGUCUGGAACUUGAUCCCCAAGGAGAAGGCUGCCGCCGUCCUCGCCGACUAUCGAACCUUGAAGAGAACUGGCGCUUUAUCGUGGCAUUUGAUCAAGUAUUUCAAGGCGGAGCUUCUGGGCCAAUUCGCAUUGGCUGUCCUUGCAGGUAUUUUUACUUUCGCCCCAACCAUGCUGCUCAAGGCCAUCCUCGAGUACGUAGAGCACCCUGAAGGUGCUCCUAUCAACGUCCUGUGGUUGUACGUGAUCCUGCUCCCUGUCCUCGACAUAGUUAGGUCUUUUGCCGACGGUAUGGCUCUCUGGAUUGGCCGCAAGAUCUGCAUCCGCAUUCGUGCCAUCAUGGUCGGUGAGAUUUACGCCAAGGCUCUGCGACGCAAGGCCGCUUCAGGAAAGGACAAGGAACUCGGUAUGAAGAAGAGCUCGGGUGCUGCAAAGAAGGGCUUCUUUGCCAAGAUCAAGCAGAAGCUGGGAUUGUCCAAGGCCGACGAUGCUGAGACAGCCAACGGUGCCGCGAAGGAUGCCGAGAAGAAAGAAGAUGAGCAGGCUAACCUGGGCACUAUCAUCAACCUCAUGUCCGUGGACAGCUUCAAGAUUGCCGAAGUCACCGCCUACCUGCACUUCAUCUGCGCGUCCGCACCGACCCAGCUCGUCAUCGCGAUUGUAUUGCUUUGGCAGGUGAUGGGACUGAGUGCCAUCCCCGGCCUCGUCGUCAUGGCUCUCUUGCUCCCCAUCAACUACAGCUUUGCUCGAGGCUUCGCCAACACGUCAAAGAAGAUUCUGGGUGCUACCGACAAGCGAAUCAACGUGACCAACGAGGUCCUGCAAAACAUUCGUAUCAUCAAGUACUUCGCGUGGGAGGCCAAGUUUGGUCGCAUCGUGGACGAGAAGCGCGCCAAUGAAUUGAAGGCGCUCCGAUCCCGCUACAUCAUUUGGUCGUUUGCGGUUGCUGUUUGGAACUCGGUUCCCGUCCUCAUUACCUUCUUUUCCUUCAUGAUGUACACGCUCAUCGAGAAGAAGCCUCUGUAUCCCUCCGUCGCGUUCACUGCUAUCUCACUUUUCAUGCUUCUCAGAGUUCCGUUGGACCAGAUGGGAGACAUGUUCGCGCACGUGCAGGAGACCAAGGUUUCUCUCGACCGUGUCGAGGAGUUCCUCACUGAGGAAGAGACCGAGAAAUACGACCAGCUCGGAGAGGACAACAUCGACGAGAAUGGCAACAAGGUCAUUGGCUUCCGAAAGGCGACGUUCAUCUGGGGAGGCAAGGAUGUCGUUGCGGAUGAUGGCACCUUGGCUUUCCGUCUCUUGGACAUGGACGUCGACUUCCGCAUCGGAAAGCUCAACAUCAUCGCAGGACCGACCGGCUCUGGAAAGACGUCGAUGCUCAUGGCAUUGCUUGGCGAGAUGACACUGGUGGAUGGAAAUGUUUACUGCCCCGGAGGCCGCAGUCGUGAGGAUGUCAGAGCCGACCCUCAAACAGGUUUGGCGGACACGGUUGCAUAUGUCGCCCAGGCUGCUUGGCUCGUCAACGCCAAUAUCAAGGAGAACAUUCUCUUCGCCGCCCCUUACGACGAGAAGAGAUACCGAGACGUCAUUGUUGCUUGCGCUUUGGAGCGUGAUCUGGAGAUCCUCGAUAACGGCGAUGAGACCCUGGUCGGUGAAAAGGGCAUCACUCUGUCUGGUGGACAAAAGCAGCGAAUUUCGCUUGCUCGCGCCAUCUACUCCAACUCUCAGCAUAUUCUCUUGGAUGAUUGUCUCAGCGCGGUUGACUCUCACACAGCGCAAUGGAUCUUCAACAAUGCUAUCAAGGGGCCCUUGAUGGCUGGCCGAACUUGCAUUCUCGUCACUCACAACCUCACCUUGUGCGCACCUUCGUCUCACUACAUCGUUACCCUCGAAAACGGCCGAAUCGGUGCUCAGGGCCCAUCAGGCGAGCUUAUCGCGUCCGGCAAGCUCGGCGAGGAGAUUCAGAAGGCCGCCAUCAACUCCGCUUCCGUGUCCCGGAUUCCAUCUCGUGUGCCAUCCAGUGUCGGCGAGGACGGCUCAGAAACAGUGGUCAACCCCGGCGAUGAGAACACAACCGAUGCUCGGUCCAAGAAGAACGACAAGAAGAAGAAGGAGGCAAAGGAUGCCAUGGAGGAAAUGAAGGCCGAGGGCUCUGUCAAGUGGCCCGUCAUCCAGCUAUACCUGUCGUCCAUGGGUCCUUGGUGGUUCUGGAUUGUCGCUCUCAGUGUCUUCGGUCUCCAGCAGCUCUCGGGUGUCGCGACCAGUUGGUGGGUUCGAUUGUGGGCUCAACAGUACCUGCAGACGGAGGAGCAACAGGUGACAUUCUCGACUUCAUCUCACAGCUACAGCUCCCCAUCGUUAUCCCCUACUUAUUUCGCCACCUUUGCCAACUACGGAAACCGAAUCAGCUCAGCUUUCCAAACGACAGAUGACUCCGACGUCAACGUUGCUUACUACCUCACCGUCCUGGCGAUCAUCGGAGUCGCCGGUUCAGCUACUGCGUUCAUCAGAGACAUCUGGGUCUUCUAUGGCUCCUUGACUGCUUCCAAGAAGAUCCACAAUGACCUGAUUUCCCGUGUUUCAAGGGCCAAGUUCAAGUUUUUCGACGUCACGCCUUUGGGCCAGCUCAUGAACCGUUUCAGCAAAGAUCUGGAGGCAGUGGACCAGGAAGUUGCUCCAAUCGCUAUUGGCGUUUUUGGUUGCGCUCUUGGCAUUCUCGUCACCGUUGUUUUGAUCAGUGCCAUUACCCCUGGAUUCCUCAUAGCCGGUGUUUUCAUUACUGGUGCUUACUGGUUCGUUGGCUCAUUCUAUCUACGAGCUUCCAGAGACUUGAAGCGUUUGGAAUCUGUCCAGAGAAGCCCUCUCUUCCAGCAAUUUGGCGAGACUCUAUCAGGAAUGACAACGAUUCGUGCCUAUGGCGAUGAGCGCCGAUUCAUCCGGGAGAACUUGACAAAGAUCAAUGUUCAAGCUCGUCCCUUCAUCUACCUCUGGGCAGCUAACCGUUGGCUGGCGUUCAGAACUGAUGUUCUUGGCGACAUGGUCUCCUUCUUUGCUGGUGUCUUCAUCAUCCUUAGCCUAGGCAAUAUUGAGCCUGGUCUGGCGGGUAUCUCUCUGAGUUAUGCAAUUGGUUUCACGGAAAACGUUCUUUGGCUGAUCCGCCUAUACGCCAUCAACGAACAGAACAUGAACUCUGUGGAGCGCAUCAAGGAAUACUUGGACGUUGAACAAGAGGCUGAGCCCAUCGUUGAAAAGAACCGCCCUCCUGAGAACUGGCCUAGCCAAGGAUCUGUGGAGUUCAUCAACUACUCUACUCGCUACCGCCAGGAUCUGGACCCUGUCUUGAGAAACCUUAGUUUCAAGAUCAACCCCAAGGAGAAGGUUGGUAUUGUCGGAAGAACCGGAGCUGGCAAGAGUUCGCUGGCAUUGGCUAUUUUCCGUGCUUUGGAGGCCGACGAGGGCAAGAUUUUGAUCGACGACAUCGACAUUGGCUUGAUCGGCCUGCGCGACUUGAGAGAAGCCAUCACGAUCGUGCCUCAGGAUCCCACGCUCUUCAUGGGCACCAUUCGUUCCAACCUGGACCCCUUCGACGCAUACACCGAUGAACAAAUCUUCGAGGCGCUUCGCAAGGUCCAGCUCAUUGGACCCGAGGAGUCGACGACAAGACCCGCGACCCCUUCCGCCUCAUCGAUGCUGCCGGCGACGCCCAACCUUGCUCUGCUUCAAGGUGAGGCAAACUCCAGCCCGCCCUCCUCGAUCGCGCCGACGAACAAGAACAUCUUCCUCAACCUCUCCUCGACCGUCUCGGAAUCCGGCUCCAACUUGUCGCAAGGCCAGCGUCAACUUCUUUGCCUUGCUCGAGCCCUUCUGAAGCGCCCCAACGUUCUGGUCAUGGACGAGGCCACCGCAUCCAUUGACUAUGCCACCGACACCAAGAUUCAGGAGACCAUCCGCGAGCUUACUAGCACCAUCAUCACCAUCGCCCAUCGCCUGCAGACCAUUGUGGAUUACGACAAGGUGCUCGUCUUGGACAAGGGUGCUGUUGUCGAAUACGGCCACCCGUACGAGCUCAUCCGCAAGGAGAACGGCAGCUUCCGUGGCAUGUGCGACAUGAGCGGAGAGUUGACUUCCCUGCUCAAGGCCGCCAAGAAGAAGUGGGACUCCGGAAGGCUAGUCGAUGUUGACGACGACGAGGACAGCAACGGCGAGAACAGCGCCGCGAGGACAGCAGCCGACGAGGCCCAGAGAUCCACGGAAGAGGCGAAGAAGAAGGCCGAUGAGGACGCUAAACAAAAGGAAGAGGAGGACGCCAAGAAGAAGGCUGAGGCCGAGGCCGAGGCCAGGCAGAGAGCAGAGGAGGAUGCCAAGAAGGCAAAGCAAGUAGAGGAGGACGCGAAGAGGAAAGCGGAAGAAGACGCUAAAAAGACGGCCGCGGAUGAAGAAGCGGAGCAAAAGGCCAAGGAAGAAGCGGACAAGAAAGCAGCAGAGGAAAAGGCAAAGGCCGACGAGGAGGCCAAGAAGGCUGGCGGAGGUUAG